AGUGGAUUUAUUGCGAUGGAUUUCGCUGUUCUGUCGACCCGGUUUCGCCUACAUCUCCCGCCGUGCGCUGGUUCGCUCCCCCUCCGCCGCGAUUGGCUCUCGGUCGGUACCGGCGGCGGCGCGGGGCCCGCCGGGAGCGCGGGGCGGGCCGUCCGGUGUCCUCGGGCCGCCAUGCUGCCCGCCGCGCUGCCCGCCGCCCGCCGGGCGCUGCUCCCGCUGCUGCCGCUGCCGCCGCGCCCGCCGCGCCCCGCGCCCCGCGCAGCCCCCGCCGGGCUGCGGGCGCUCGGCACCGGCCCCGCGCGGCGCUCGGAGGCGCUGGCCGGGGCGCCGCUGGACACGGCCGCCAAGGAGUACUCGCCCAAGGUGCGGCAGCUGGUGCGGGACAUCGCGGGGCUGACGCUGCUGGAGGUGGCCGAUCUGAACGCGCUGCUCAAGGAGACGCUCAAGAUCCCGGACGUGGGGGUGAUGCCCGCGGCGGCCGCCGCCUCCCUCCUGCCCGCCCAGGCGGCUCCGCAGGAGGAGGAGGAGGUGGUCCCGCUCAAGAAAGAGAAAACUCAUUUCACCGUCCGGCUGACGGAGCUGAAGGCCACUGACAAGGUGAAGCUGAUCAAGGAGGUGAAGAACUUCGUGCCAGGAGUGAACCUCGUGCAGGCAAAGAAGCUGGUGGAGUCCCUUCCGCAGGAGAUCAAGGCAAACGCCUCCAAGGAGGAAGCAGAGAAGAUCAAAGCAGCGCUAGAGGCGGCAGGAGGGACUGUUGUUCUGGAGUAGUCUCACCAUGGAGAGACUGGUGCUACAGCUGCUGCCCAAGCCGGGCUCCGGACCUUUCCGAGUGGCACAGUGGGAGUACUCUCCCGAAGAAUGUUGUACGGUUUGGCAGAGCUGCUACUUCCUGCCAUCACCAUGAACUCUACCUUAUAAAUAUCAAAAAAAACCUGUAAAAUGA